AUGUUAAUAGUAAAAAAUGUCAUAUUGACUUUGACUCCAAGUGGAUAUAUAACCCUCGAAAAGUUGAACUCUUCAAUGUCAACCAAGACUCGCUUGAACGAGCUGGAGUUCACAAUCCCAAGUCUCCCCUUCAACGAGGAGAGUGUCCUAGGUCUCAAGGAAAUUCUCAACAACGAUGUUCUCGACAUUCAACAAGUCAUUCAACACCUCUCCUUCGGUGGAGGUUUCACAACUGAAGCCAUCACCUACGUUCUUCGAAAAGUCUCUCUCGUGAUGAAACAAGAACCAAAUGUUGUUGAGGUGACGAAGAAUUGUGUUGUUCUUGGUGAUAUUCACGGACAGUUUUUCGACCUUUUGAAUGUCCUCUCGACUGUGUCGUCAGACUGUUUUGUGUUCAUGGGAGACUAUGUCGAUCGGGGUGAAUCGAGUUUCGAAGUCUUCUUUUUGUUGUGCUGCCUCAAACUGACUUUCCCAAACCAGUUCGUCUUGCUGAGAGGAAACCACGAAACCAAACUCGUCAGCUCACAGAACCAAUUUAAGUCCGAGUGCGUCACACGAUACAAUGAAAAAGUGUUUGAGGAAUUUAUCCAUGUAUUUCGAACACUCCCACUUUGUUGUUUAAUUACUUCACAACACAAGAAGUAUCUUUGUGUCCACGGUGGAAUAUCUGAUAAAUUACCCACCGUUGAGUCUAUUAACUCCAUUAAUCGAUUUUGCGAACCAGAAAGAGACUCUGCUUUGGAAGAUUUGUUGUGGUCUGAUCCGCUCGAUGACGAUGACAUAUUCUCAGUCUCGAAAGGCGAUGACACUGUAACUAAGCACUUGCCAAAAGUCAGCGAACUUUCUUCUGAGCUUCAGCCGUUGAAAAUGUUCUUCAACUCACAGUCUUUGAAAAGUGUCACUUCAUGGUUUGAGGCAACGUUUGUAAAGAACUGGGAUAGAGGAUUUGGCAAGAAAAUCGGGUACAAGGCAUUGAAGCAAUUUGCUCUGAGAAACAACAUCACCACCAUAUUUCGAGGGCAUUCCUAUGUUGAUGAAGGGUAUCACGAGAUGAACUACAUGAUUGAGGACACCCCUCUCAUUUGCACUGUUUUUAGUGCACCAAACUAUAUGGGAGAAGGUGACAACACUGCUGCGUAUUGUAGAAUUGGAGACGGGAAAACCAUGUUCCACACGUUUAAAACUUCGACACAGAAUUACGUCGUUCACGAGUUCGUUUUGAACUUUGGAGAGACAUUACUCUUCGAGAAGAUGUGCAUUACAUUAUAA